AAACAACGUAAGUCAUAUCGUGUGCAUCAUACGUCCAAGAUAUGAUAUGAUAUUUAAUCAUUUUGAUUUGAAGUGCAUUUAUUAAUCGUUUUUUGAACGAAUGAUUAACGUAUUACCCAAUUAAUAAUUCAAGUAUGUUUACGAUAAAUAAUAAUUAUUAUGUACUAUGAUGACCUGUCAACAACUAACUACAGUGUGCAUCUUUAUGACCACAUGUCAAAUCGUGCCCGGACAGCAAAUGCUCUCCGACAUUCAGAGACGCAUCUCAAGCCAGUACCCGAAUUCCAUGCUGAUCCACGGUGUGUUGCGGCGGCCACCGUCAGGUUACCACUACGAAACGAUACGAGACAUCUUGAAUACUUACCCGAAGAAUUCGUAUCAGAUAAGGCGCGGUUUAUCGAACAUUGUCAGCCAGAAUACUCAUGGGUCGUCAUCAUCACCCAAGAAUAAGGGGUUCAAAAAGCCAAAAAAAAAAUCGAAAAAAAAUAAGUCUAAAAACAACAAUGACGGUGGUGACGACGGUGGUGACCCCGGCGACGACGGUGGGUUACCGGAUGAUUCAACACCGCCGGAUACGACUCCACCGGCUACGGAUGGACCGCCUGCGGAUGCACCGGACGCAAGUCCGCCUCCAGAUGCCAAACGGUAGAGCGAAAAGCGAAACGGACGGAUGGCGAUGUCGUUUUGUCAGCAGCUUUUCAAAAAUUAUUACACACAAUGUUAUAAUUUUACUGUAGAAUUCAAAUAUUGUACCGCCGUAUUAGGUACUCAAUGAUGAUUUGAAUUCGUUCCGUUUUUUACUACACAUUUAUAAUGAUAUUUUUACAAGUCCAAAUUUUCAAUAUUAUAACAGUCAAUGAAAAGUCUAUAA